AUGGCCGAUCGUGACGUAAUCGUGGAACACCAAGGUUCGCCGACUUUCGCUCGCGCUUUCAAGGAAGCAGGUGUGACGGACAUGUUACAGCCACGUGUAGAACAAGGAGAUCCUCUGCGCAUCAACAACGGAAAAGGAGAAGCCAUGAUGCUUGGUGUGAUCAUCGCGAAACAUAUGAACCAUAAGUUCGUAGGUUUUAUCGACGCCGAUAACCGCGUUCCAGGAUCUGUUCUCGAAUAUUGUAAGGUAUAUGCCGCUGGACUACAUUACGCCUUACGAAAAGCUGAUGAUGCUGGAAAAGAACAAUAUACGAUGGUGCGCAUCAAGUGGAACUCGAAGCCCAAGGUCAAGGAUGGCCAACUUGUGUUUAACGAGCUUGGGCGCUCCUCGCGCGUCGUCAACGAAUGGAUGAACCGCCUUCUGAAAGCCCUUGGGGGUGGCACUACACCAGAUACAAUGAUCGGAACUGGUAACGCCGGCGAACAUGCCAUGAGUGUUGAUCUUGCCCUCAAACUCCGAUUUGCAACCGGCUAUGCAGUUGAACCGUUCCAAUUGAUCGAUAUAUGGGAACGAUUCGCCUUUUCACAACAGCCAUUAUCAGUGCGGAUCCUACCCCACAUUCAUAACGCGGGGCAUGGUGAUUAUCACAUCGAGCGCAUGCAGACCCAGGGACUCAGCACGAUGUAUCAUUCGAACCUUCCGACUUCUGGACUCAAAGACGAUCUUCGUUGUUACAUGCAAAAGAAUCUGGCCGGGUUCAUAGGCGACAACGGAGAACCUAGGAAACCACGCAUAUAUGAUCCACUUGAUUCCCUGGACUGGACGAUCUUUGAAAAGGCUCUCCUGAAGAUAGAGUUUUGCUAG